GAAGCCGAGCUUUUAGCAAUUCUUUUAGCGCUUCGGAAACUCCCGUCGAACUCAAUAAGUGCAGUUAUUAUAACAGAUUCCCUUUCGGUCUGUACUUCGCUUACGGCUUCACCCAAUUCGCCACCAAUAAAGACGUUUCUAACAUUAGUUCCUCCACAGUUGACUUCUCUAAAACUAUUAUGGGUACCUGGACAUUGUGGCUUACAUUCAAAUGAAAUGGCAGACGCAUUAGCGCGAGCAUCCCUGAGUGGACCUAUAAUGCCUGUUCUUCCUUUGGUGGCUCACAUAACAGCAAUCAGAUAUAGAAAAUAUUCAAUUCAUAGAGAUGUCAGUGAAUCAAUAACGACAUGGACAGAAUAUCAGCACCUCAGAUUUCCGUGGAAGAUCCAGUGGUGUCCAUCAAGACAAUCAGAAGGAGCGAUCACGAGAUUACGCUGCCGUGUCCCUCCAUUAAACCUAUAUUUACACAGGACUGGUCUGACGCUAUCGCCUCUGUGCCCAUACUGCCAAGAAACAGAAUCACUAGAUCAUUAUUUUUUGGUAUGUCGACGAUACAAAUUGUUAAGAAAAAGACACCUAGAACUUCCGUUCGCAAAAUUAGGGUUAAUAUUAUCACCAGAAAUCAUACUAUCUUUCGGUGCGUCAGUUAUAGGGGUCAGCCACAGGGACGUAUUUGAUGCCGUUUGCAGUUACAUUCAGUCAACAAAACGAAUAACUUUUUAACUUUUGUCUUGUAUUUUGUUUGUUCUUGUACGUUUCUUUUUUUUUUUAAUCUGUCUUUCGUUAUAUUUUUUCUCAUCGAAUAAGUAGCACUUCAAAAGAUUAGGUGAACGUUUCAGCACGCAAUUCUUGGCCAAUCCCCCAGCGUGGGUAUGAGCCAUAACAUGAGGCCAUCAUCAUCAUCAUCAUCAUUAUUGCACGAGGAGGCGUACGGUUAAAGAAGAAGAAAUUUUCUGCGCUUCACGUGCUCUCUCAAGCGUUCCGGAAGGCUUGGUCGGACGUGAAAUACUCGAAUGCCACCGACGCAGCCUACUCAAGUUAAACAAGCCACUGCGGCCGCCGUGACAAAGGUCGCCGUGGACAACACGUCCGCGGAGCGUCCUGCGCCGUCGCCGCUCCUGCAGCUGUUGAUGGUGUUAUGGAAGAACGUGUAUGUGACGCGGCUCUGUCGCCGCUACACGACCACGCUGCUCGAGAUCGUUCUAAUGGUGGUGCUGCUGCUGGGGAUCCAGGACGAGGCCGUGGUGCGCGAGCCUCUGAUACGAAAGGGGGACACCAUUUUUCGGCCCAUUCGCCCCAGCACCUUCUGGAACACGCAGCCCAGCAUGGUCCAAGUCAAGCAGGUACUUUUUGCGCCGGCCACCAAUAAGUACGUUUCCCGGCUGACACGUGAGUCCAUGAAGGAGCUGGGAGUGCAGAACGUUCUGGGAGUGACAUCGAGUAAGGAACUCGGGGAUGCCAUGCUGCUGCAGAACCAAACGCCCGUGCACGUGGUAGGGCUGCUCUACAGCUUCGUAGAGGCAGGCGACGAGAACAGCGUGCCAGUUAGCCUGCGCAUAACUUUCCUCGGGAGCCGCCUGCCUUUGGACGUGCUGGUCCAGUACCCCGAGCGGAUUCUAUCUCAGCCGGAGGGACCUUCGGCUGAAGAACGCUUUCCGGAGAUUAACACCUUGCUUCCCAUCAUGAGUGUGCUACAGCAGCGACACCUGGAAAUGCAGGCGGCCCGGUUCAACGGUCCUCGGCAGUGGUUGCAUCCAGUGUGGCUGCAGCGCUUCCCCUACCCGAGCCACAUCGAGCACAAGGACACCAAGAACUAUGCCCUCGUGCUCACCCGUUUCUGCAUCGGCAUGCUGAUCCCGUUCGCCGUCUUCGUCGCCAGGCUGAGCGAUGAGAGGGUCACUGGUGCGCGCAAGAUUAUGCCGCCGUUUCUCUUCCGACUCCUCGAUAUUGAAACAUGAGGCGUAACAUGACGCCGGCCACUAACUUAUGAGCGGAUUGGCGCAUGCUUGUCAUUGUUUUGUUAUUUACGAAAUUUUUAUGUUGGGUACAUUUGAAAUAAACAGUGCUCAUUGCAAUACAGCCAC